AGAUAAUUGGUAAGGAAGGCCUACUUGAAGCAUCCGGGAACUCGCCAUAGUAGUAGACAUGGCGGGUAUCAACCUGACUAAAUGACGAAAUAAAUUUUGUUUGCUAAUAUAAGAACGUGUUACUGACGUAGAUAAAGUGUUGAUACUAAAAGACUAAUUAAGUUUCAUUGGAUUAGGACAAAAAUGCAGAAUGUUGGACAGUCUGAAAACAGAAAUAUCGAUAAGGUGAAUGUGCAACUUGAUGUGGUAAAAUCGUCCACUCCUCAGAGUUCGGCUUCGAGUCCAGCCAAAUCUGAAACCGAAACGUAUUCAGGAGCGCCUGCCAAAUACAUGUCCGAUUCUUCGGAAAGCGAGGAUGACUCUGUAUCCGAGGCGGAAAUGGAAGAAGAAGGUGGCGGUGCAGAGUCAUCCAAAUUCUUACUCUCUCAUGACGACCCUGAGAGGGCUGUCGACCCCGAAAUGCAAGCAAGGCUUGAAGCAUUGUUGGAGGCUGCCGGUAUCGGUAAGCUCUCCGGCGAGGGCAAACAUCUAGCUGACCCAGAGGUGCUCCGGCGUCUGACAUCAUCCGUGUCCAACGCUCUAGACGAGGCGGCUGCGGCGUUGACGCGCAUGCGCAGCGAGCAGCCGCCCGCGCACCAUAGACAUCAGCAUCAGGAUAAACCAACACAAUGCGGUUCGACGGCAACGGGCACGACUCCGACAGUUGCAGCCUCAGGCACAGAAGGCGCGCCAUCGUUGGCGGAGGCUUGUUCGGACGGUGACGUGGGCACCGUUCGCAAGCUCCUCACAGAAGGCCGGUCCGUACAUGAGACAACAGAGGAGGGAGAAUCAUUGUUGUCCCUCGCCUGUUCAGCGGGCUACUAUGAACUCGCGCAAGUAUUGCUGGCGAUGCAUGCUAGCGUUGAGGAUCGUGGUAUUAAGGGCGAUUGCACCCCCCUGAUGGAGGCAGCGUCUGCUGGUCAUGUGGACAUCGUUAGAUUACUUUUGGCGCACGGAGCGGACGUGAAUGCAGUUUCGGGAUCCGGAAACACGCCGCUGAUGUACGCCUGUGCGGGAGGGCACGAGGAAUGCGUGCGCGCCUUGCUAGAGAACGGAGCCAAUGUCGAGGACCACAACGAGAACGGCCACACACCACUUAUGGAGGCGGCGUCUGCCGGCCACGUGGGCGUCGCGAAGAUACUCUUGGACCACGGAGCGGGUAUUAACACCCACUCUAACGAGUUCAAAGAGUCUGCUUUAACACUGGCGUGUUACAAGGGCCACUUGGACAUGGUCAGAUUCCUGUUGGCUGCCGGGGCAGAUAGAGAACACAAGACCGAUGAGAUGCAUACAGCUUUGAUGGAGGCCAGCAUGGAUGGACAUGUUGAGGUCGCCAGGCUACUGUUGGACUCUGGUGCUCAGGUGAACAUGCCCACGGACAGUUUCGAAUCUCCGCUUACAUUAGCCGCAUGCGGUGGACACGUGGAACUGGCCAUGUUGUUACUGGAGAGAGGCGCUAACAUCGAGGAGGUCAACGACGAAGGCUACACCCCGCUUAUGGAGGCUGCUAGAGAGGGACACGAAGAAAUGGUAGCAUUGUUGCUCGGUCAGGGGGCAUCCAUAAACGCGCAAACCGACGAAACGCAGGAGACGGCACUUACGCUGGCCUGCUGCGGCGGAUUCCUGGAAGUAGCCGCCUUCCUCAUCAAAGCCGGCGCUGAUGUGGAGCUAGGCGCUUCUACACCACUCAUGGAGGCUUCUCAAGAAGGUCACCUCGAGCUCGUACGGUACCUGAUCAGCGCGGGCGCGGACGUGCACGCGCAGACGCAGACGGGCGACACGGCGCUGACGUACGCGUGCGAGAACGGGCACACGGACGUGGCCGAGCUGCUGCUGCGCGCCGGCGCGCGCCUGGAGCACGAGAGCGAGGGCGGCCGCACGCCGCUCAUGAAGGCGGCGCGCGCCGGACACGUCUGCACCGUGCAGUUCCUGCGCGGCAAGGGUGCCGACGUGAACCGUAUGACUGCAAACGGUGACCACACUCCACUGUCGCUGGCGUGCGCCGGCGGUCACGUGGACGUGGUCAAAUUCCUGCUCGCGUGCGACGCUGAUCCCUUCAGGAAAUUGAAAGACAACUCCACCACCCUCAUCGAGGCCGCCAAAGGAGGCCACACGGCGGUGGUUCAACUACUGCUGGACUAUCCGCAUUCUGUUAUGAUGCCGAGAGGCGCGGCGGGCGGGCCGGAGGCGGGGCUGAGCGCGGCGCAGGCGGCGGCGCUGGGGCUGGCGCACGCGCCGCGGCCCGGCAGCCCGGCGGCGCGCGCGCUGCUGCCCGCGCGCCUGCCGCCCGACGCCGACCUCGCCUACUUCAAGGGCUUCCGCGACGCCGUCAUGCAGCGCGCCCGCGACCACGACGCAGGUCGCGCGCCCCCCGCCGCAGCGGCGGUGGCGCCCCCGUCGUCCCCCGCGGGCGCCCCCACCUACGUGGGCGGGGAUUCCCACUUUAUCUUCGGCGUUGUGGCCGGCCAGCACGACACCGGUUCUCCCCCCGCCGCGGGCGCCCCCGGCGCGCCGCCCGCGCCGCCGGUGAAGCACAAGUGUCCGCGGAAGCAGCGCGCCGCGCAGCACUCCGACCACCACCUGCCGCCGCCGCCGGACAUACUGCACGACCAGCGUGUGGACUCCAUGGGUGGGGCGCCGAGAAACGAUGCUCUGCCGGAGGUAGACAGGAAUAUGCUCGAAUUGGCCGACCCCUCAGGUCCGCCGACGCUGGCUUCGUCUGCGCUCCACGCCUUGGACCUACAGUUCUGCGCGCAAGGAGUAACAACCGUUCACCCCCCGACCACCCCUCCGUACCCACCUCCCCAGCAGAUGUUCCCAGUGAAUCAACUCGCCACCAACCUUAAUCAGCACCUGCUUCAGGAGCUGGAGCAGCAGCAGCUUUUGGCCGCGCAGCAACACCAGAAGUACGCCCACGGCGAGCCCAGGCCCAACUCGAGGUCGUUACAGAGUCAAUUGGUAUGCGAGGAGGCCGCGGGCGCAGCCGGGGUGGAAGCCCGAGAGUUGAGCGCGGUGCUCGCGUAUCUCCAAAGGGAGGUGCCUUCGCUGGUCGCCUUGCCGCCCAACGAACUGCGAUCGUUGGUGCUGCAGGUGAUGCAACAGAAGUCUCACGAAAUCCUCUCGGCGUCCUGCGGGGAGGACACUUCACCUGAGGGAGAAGAGAGUGAGGAGCGACAGGCGAGAAGGCUGCUGGCUGCUGCUGAGGAAGCCCUGACGAGGCAGGACCAUCAGCAUCACCACCACCAACACUACGCAGACCUGCAGCAGGUGGGCAGCAAUUGCCAAUACCGAGUGCGGGCGGCGUCACCGAACGCCGUGGGCGAUGUGACGUUGGAAGAGGAACAGCCUACGUUACAACCGCACUUCACACUACCGCCACCUACUUUACCUUACGAAGACUAUAGAGCGGGUACGUUUGCACCCGCGCCCGCGCUUCCCCAGCAAGGCGCGCCCGCUCCCGCCCCCGCCCCCGCUCCUACACCCGCCCCCGCGCCCGCUCCCGCGCCCCACUACAAGCGGGAGCAGCGGGAACCUCCACAACACCACCAUAACAACACAACCGCCGCUAAGAAGAAAGUUCGCAAUGUGCGGUUCUCGGAGCGCGGCGGCGGCACGGCGGGCAGCGGGCCCGGGCCGCUGGGAGCGCCCGCCGCGCCCGCGCCCGCCGCCUACUCCGCCAUGGACGUGGACGGCGAGACCGACUCCAACCACGACACCGCGCUCACGCUGGCCUGCGCCGGCGGCCACGACGAGCUGGCCGAGCUGCUGCUGUCCCGCGGCGCCGACAUCGAGCACCGCGACAAGAAGGGUUUCACGCCACUCAUCCUAGCGGCGACGGCGGGCCACGAGAAGAUCGUGGAAAUCCUACUCAACCACGGCGCAGACAUCGAAGCCCAGUCCGAACGGACGAAGGACACGCCACUGUCGCUCGCGUGCAGCGGGGGAAGAUACGAAGUGGUCGAGUUGAUACUGAGCCGCGGCGCGAACAAGGAACAUAGAAAUGUGUCGGAUUAUACGCCCCUUUCUUUGGCCGCGUCGGGUGGUUACGUUAACAUCAUCAGACUCCUGUUGCACCAUCAGGCGGAGAUAAACUCCCGCACGGGUUCCAAGCUAGGGAUCUCUCCGCUCAUGUUGGCCGCCAUGAACGGUCACACAGCGGCUGUGAGACUCCUGCUCGACUGUGGCUCCGACAUCAACGCACAGAUCGAGACCAACCGCAAUACCGCUCUUACCCUGGCCUGCUUCCAAGGUCGACACGAGGUAGUGAGCUUACUCCUAGACCGAAAGGCGAACGUGGAACACCGUGCCAAAACCGGACUCACCCCCCUCAUGGAAGCGGCCAGCGGUGGAUAUGUUGAGGUCGGUCGCGUUCUGCUGGACAAGGGCGCCGACGUGAACGCGCCGCCCGUGCCGUCCUCGCGGGACACCGCCCUCACCAUCGCCGCCGACAAGGGGCACACCAAGUUUGUGGAGCUGCUGCUCACCAGGCGAGCAGCGGUAGAGGUGAAAAACAAAAAAGGCAACUCCCCCUUAUGGCUGGCGGCGAACGGCGGCCAUAUUGCCGUCGUCGAAAUGUUGUACAACGCCGGCGCCGACAUCGACUCACAGGACAAUAGAAAGGUUUCAUGCCUGAUGGCCGCCUUCCGUAAAGGCCACACUAAAGUGGUCAAAUGGAUGGUCAGUGUCGUCACGCAAUUCCCUUCAGAUCAAGAAAUGACAAGGUAUAUCUGCACAAUAUCGGACAAGGAGCUGUUAGAGAAAUGCCAAGAGUGUGUUCACGUGAUUCGUGCCGCCAAAGAGACGCAAGCGGCUCGGGCCAACCAGAACGCGACCAUACUGCUUGAAGAAUUGGACGCCGAACGGUGCCGCGAGGAAAGUCGCAGGCAGGCCGCCGCUAGACGUCGGGAGAAGAAGAAAAAGAAGAAGAUGGAAAAGAAGGAGGAACGACGUAAGCUACAAGCUGAAAACGACAAGAACUCGAUGUAUUGCGAUAAGGCCAUAGAGUCCGAGACGGGGGAGCCCGACGACGAGCCCCAGAUCAAGGAGGAGGGAGACUCCGGCAUCGACGCCAACUCACAGGGCUCAUGCUCUUCAUCUGACGUGAAGGCGCCGCCCGCGCCGAGCGUGAAGAGCAAGAAGAAGAAGAAGGACGAGAAGACCCCUCCUCCGCCGCCGCCGCCGCCUGCGCAGCCCGCCAAGAAACAACCCGACAAGAACAAACAAAAACCGGAAACGAAGCCAGAAAAAGAGACGAGUAAACCUGACAAGAAACAAGAGAAGGAGAACGUGGCCCCCGCCUCUCCCGCCGAAACUCCUGCGCGAAGGCAGGACAAGAAGCAUGACAAAAAACCCGAAGAGGAUAACCCUAAGAACAUAACAGUACAGUUGUACAAAUACGGGAAUAACUCUAGAAAGAGCCAAGUGUUCGAAUCCACUCGUUACAGUUUGGAUAGAGACGAUGUCGACUCAACUGACAAAAUAAAAAAGUCACACAGCUAUGCAUGGGAGAUCGAAGGCAAGAGUACCUCGCCCAAAGGCGGUUGCAUCGGCGGCCGACGCGAGGAGGGUUGGAAAGAGGUCGUGCGCAAGUCCAGCGUGCAGGCCGUCUCUACCGUCGAACCUGGCUGUAAGAAAGUGUCGGUUGCUUCGCACGCCAUCUCGCGCGUUAUCGGCCGCGCCGGCACCAACAUCAACGCGAUCCGCGCCGCGACCGGCGCCCACAUCGAGGUGGACAAGCAGAGCAAGGGACAAGGCGAGAGGAUCAUCACCAUCAAGGGAUCAGCGGAGGCGACAAAGCAAGCGGGCGCUCUUAUCGCCGCCAUGAUCCGUGAUCCGGAAGCGGAUAUCGCUUCGUUGUUACCUCGAGCGCCGCCCGCCAAGCCGCCGCCGGUCCCGCCGCCGAUACAAGCCAAGCCGGCCAAGCAUACCCCCGCCAAGCCGGCGCCGGCCGCGCCGCCCGCCCCCCGCGCGCCGCCCGCGCACCGGCCCGCGGCCGCCAAGCAGGCCGCCGCGCCCGCCGCCAGGCAUCGGGUACCAGUCGUGACGGCGACCGAGAAACGCGCUCCGACAUCCCAGCCCCCGUCGUCAGGCGUGAGCGGCGCCACUCCGGUGAAGACCGCCUUGUCCUACACCGGCGCCGUCGGCGGCAGAUCGCACACGUUCGCGGCCAAGCUCGGCGCCAGCCAGCCCGCUGACAAGCCCAGGACUGUGUCUUCUAUGAUCAGCGGCAGCAGCGCGGCGAGCAGCUCCAGCAGCGUGAGCAGCGCCGCGCCCGCCGCCAGCGCGUCGCCCAUGAAGCGCGACACUAGCGCCGCCACGCCCGACAAGCUGGACGCCGACAGGCCGCCGCAGCUAAGCCCUGACACUACGAAUACAUGGAACGCGAAUGAAGAAGUUGCACCCAGCACGUCAUCUGCUCUACACAUCAACACUACUCCUCAGACAUCGUCAACAAGCGGCGCCGGCACAUCGAGCGGUGGCGGCGCUCAGGAGUACUCCCUGUUCAAUGAUCUCUCGGCCGGCGUGGGCAUGUGGAGCGUUCCCGAGCCCCACAACGUUGAUAUGCCGCCUCCGCAGGUGGACGCGAGCAAGGCCCCCGGGUACCGCGGCGCGGGCGCGGUGUCGGGCGGGGGCUGCUCGCCGUGCUCGCGCGCCUCCUCGCACCCCUCCACGCCGCCGCUGCAGCCCGCCUACCACCAGACAGGCAACAAUGUCAACACGAUGGAAAUGAGUGGUUUAUCCCGGAAUGGACCAAUUUACCAGGACAAUUCUAGAAAUGGACAUAACAUGAUGGUGUCGAUGUCGAGCGGCGUGAACAUGGGGCUGGGCUACGUGGGCGUGGAGGCCGUGUCCAGGCUCAACCCUCGCGCGCCCGACUUCAGCCAGCGGCACCCGCUGCUGCACACCGCGCAGCAACUGUUCACCGGAGCCAGCAGCGCCGCUAACCUGAGCACGCUGCUGAUGUCGUCCUCGUACCAGCAGCCGCCGCCCAAGCAGAUGCAGCACCCGCCUCAGCCUCACCACUACCAGUCACUGGUGGACCGCGGCUGGGGCGGCGCGGGCGGGGCGGGCGGCGGCGAGGAGGAGGAGCGCAAGCCGCGCCCCAUCGGCACGGAGCGCGCCUGGAAGCUCACGGCCGGCGACGACUGGCCGCAGCACGCGCCGCUGCCCGCCGCCGCGCUCGUGCCCGACCACGACCGAUACCAGCAGCAGCCGGGCGUGGGCGUGGGCGUGGCGGCGGGCGGGCUGGAGCAGUACGGCGGGCUGUCGCUGCUGCACACGCUGCAGUACGUGCCCGCCGCCACCGAGCACCACCAGCACCACCGCCAGCCCGACAAGCAGAGUUGGAGCAAAUGGACUCACUAGAGAAGGGUCUACCACUGCCUUAGUUCGCGCGCACUAGUUCCGAGGCGCCCGACCGCGCCUACUAUCCGGCGAGGAUUAUAUAUAAUUGUAACCCUUGGAAACGGUGUAGAUAUUAGUGAGAAAGAUUAUAUUAUACAGAUUAUCUAUAUACAUAUUAGAGAAAAUGUCCUAUCGAGAAGAGAACUACUUAUACUGUACGAUCGACUGAAGUGAGCAUUAAACAAUUCAUUAUAAUGAAACUCGUGAGGGGAGUCGGUGUAGUUUUAUUUGUUACUGCCGCAGCGUUAGACAAAUUAUGAUUAUUAUAGUCGGCGCCGUUUCAUGUAGAUAUAUAUGAUGUACGUGUAGUAGGGAGCUUGGAAUCUGAUUCCUGGCGCCGCCGCGUUUGGUUGCCUUGAGCGGACCCAGCCGCCGUUAUUAUACAUAUUUUACACUCUAUAUUAUGGCAUAAUACGAUAUUAAUUUCUAUGAUUGAUAUGCUCGCAAAUGAGACGGAAUUAUUAAACGUGUAUUAAUAAAUUUGCUUGUACAUGAAGAUUAAAUAUCAUAUAUUGAUGCACUGUA